AUAUUUUCUAAUCUUUUUCUCCGGAGGUUUUGAUAGUUUGUGUUGUUAUUAUUAUUAGUAAUAGUCGUAGUAGUAGUAAAAAUUAUUAUUAUUAUUUGAGAGAGAAGGAUAUAUAGUUGGAGAGGAAUUUUUGUAUAUAUAUAAUUUAAUUAUUAUUAUUCUACAUUAUUAAAUAUAUUUAAUUAAUUAUAAAUUGACAAGUAGAGUAUAUAAUAUAAUAUAAUAGAAAAUGGGAUUUUUGAAAUUGUCUUCCGCAGCUGAUGCUGGAAACUUUUCUGAAAAGAAGAAGAGUAAAAAGAAGAAGAAUAAGAACAAGGAAUUUGAUCCUAAUCAUAUAUUUGGACAACCACUCAAGACGCAAAUUACAUCAAUUCGUACCUCUCUUCUCAUUCAGGAGGAAGAUGAAACAGCCACUGGUGGAAAACGUUUUGUUAUCUAUCCAAAACUAUUGUGGUUAUGUUUGAAUUGGCUUGAAAAUAACAAUGAUUGUCCAACGACAGAGGGUAUUUUCAGGUUGAGUGGUCAAGCUGCUAGUAUUAGUGCUCUCAAGGAACAACUCAUCAAGGGAAAAUAUGACAAUGUUCCAAAGACAAAUGAUUAUGAUUCUGAUUCUGAUGAUGAUAGUUUGGGAACACCAACUGCGGAUGAUGAUGAAAUUUCCAACUAUAAUAUGAGAGAAAAUCAUCUCAUUCAAAAGUUUUUAGUUUACUUUUAUCCAAGUAAUGUUCCUCCUGACAGUGUUCCAUUUGUUGCAUUGAAUAGACAAAAUCUUUAUACUAACUUGUUGGAAAUUGUAGGAAUGAAUUUUGUUGAAAUAUUUCCUCAAAAUACUAUUAAUAAUGUUUCCAGUUUAUUGAAAAUGUAUAUUAGAGAAUUACCUGAACCACUCAUGACAUUUGACCAUUACGAUAUGUUUAUUGCUAGUGAUGGUAUUCCAGAUGAUGAAGUAAGAUUGAAAGUUAUUAGAAAUGUUCUUCGUUUCCUUCCAAGAUCAAAUUAUUUCGUUUUGAAAAAGUUGUGUAAAUUUUUGAAUACCAUUCACAACAAUUCUUCAAUUAACAAAAUGGAUGCCUCAAAUUUAGCCAUUGUAUUUGCACCAAAUAUCCUUCGUCCACCACCAAUGUAUUGCAACGUUCUUCAAAUGCAAUUGAGUGAAGCCAGAUUUGCAACAAGUCUCACUGAAAGUCUUAUUGCAGAAUAUGAAUUCUUCUUUGGAGGAAAGGAUGAAUUAGUUGGAACAAAGAAAGAAACUCCAAAACCACCUUCAACCAAACCAAAAAUUAGUGUGAAUACUGACAUGAGUCCAACAACUCCUACUACCUCAAAAACUCUCCCAAGUCCAUCAUCAACAUCUUCAACACCAACGAGUACAACACUUCCACAGCUACCAACAAGUUCUGUUAAAAAACCUCCUCUUCCAAAAAGACAUUCUCCUUCAGUAAUUAAUCCUUCAUCAGGCAAUAGUGUUGAAACAACUCCGAGUGAUACAGAAUCUAAACCUAUUACUUUACCUAAACCUCCAAGCAGAGAAACAUCAAGAUCAGUGUUUGCCAAUCGAUCUGAUUCAUCGAAGAGUGUUCUUUCAGUCAUGGACAGUAUGAGUUCAAUAAGUAAUAGUAGAGAGGCAACAGCAGAGAUUAAAAGACUCUCACGAGUAAUGAAAGCAGGAGAUGUUUGUUUUGAUGUAGGUCUCGAAAAGAAGCCUCCAAAACCACUUCCUCCUAGAAGAGCUACUGUUCUUGAAUCACCUCGUUCUGAGAGCUCUCCAACAACCACUUUUACAAUUCCACCAAGAAAGCCACAAGAGGAUCGACCAACUCUUCCACCAGUCCCUUCUGGAAAUUUAACAUUUAAUAAGCCUCCUCUUCCAUCACGUUUUGCAUCCAAAUCAGAUUCUUCUGCCAAACCUUUACCUCCACCAAGAACAAGUACUGAUUCUGAAUCGAGUACGACAUCUGGUGCAGCUCGUUCACCUCCUCCAAUCCCAAGAAGAAAAUAAACUUGUGUACAUUAGAAU